AUCAUGUAUUCUGUCCGUGUAGCUGUUUUUAAAUGUGUUUCUUGUUCUACAUUGGCGUAUUCAGUAUCGUGCGCCAUCUAGUGGCCUCAAUGAAGAACUACACCCGCAGAGUCAAGUUAGAUACACGUAGCGAAGAGAUACUUCCGUUAAACCCUUUCAAAAUAAACCUUGUAUUAAAACGGAGGGAUAUUCCAUCCUGUUCAUACUGUGACUGUAAUCUAUGGUCAGUUUGAUGAAUAAAAUGACAAAGCAUUGUAAUAGAUGAUUCCCUCCUCGCCUCCUUAGCUUUUAGUUAAACUCUGCUGGGCUCGUCAUCAACCGGAACCGGAACACGUAACAUUUUUCAUCACUGGGCGCCAUCUAGUGGACAACCCGAAAGCUACAACAACAUAAGGGGGGGAAACAUGAUGGGAGUAUGACGGCUGCCACACGGCUGAUAUCAAGGUUGACGCUGGUCACUGGAGGAGGCAGUGGGAUCGGACGGGCGGUAUGUCAGCGUUUGGCCUCUGAGGGCGCCUCCGUGGUGGUGGCAGACAUCAGCGAGGAGUCUGCCAACGAGACCAUGGUGGGUCUGCAGAAUGACUCAGAGGACAGGGUCACAUGGCGGCUGUGGUGGAUGUGUCAUCAAAAGAGAGCGUGAAGAAGCUGGUCACCAGAAUACAGGUGUGAUACAGACAGGAAGACAAGCCAACACAACAUGUGUUUACAUUUCCAUCAUAAUCAGCAACCUUUCUGUAGA